AGGUGGAAGGCGAAGCGGAGAGUGGAGGAUGGCCUCGAUCGCGCCGGAGAUGAGCCUCGAUCUGAAGCUCUCGGCUACGAGGACCAUCGGAGGAUUCCUCCGGGAGGCAUCGGCGAUGGGCGACGGUGAAGCCCGGGUCGCUAAACUCGAAGAGUUUGUCAGAGUUUUAGAAGAAGAGAAGAGAAAGAUCGAAGCGUUUAAGCGCGAGCUUCCGCUUUGCAUGGUUCUCGUUACCGAUGUGAUUGGGGGAUUGAAGGAGGAGCUGGAGCAAUGCCGGGGAGAUCGGUUUGAUAGGGAGGUGGAGGAGUUUAUGCCGAUGAAGAGAAGUAAAUUGGAGGAGGAGAUGGAGGAGAGGGCGAAGUUGGAAUUGGAUUCUAGGGAUAAGAUGAACUGGAUGAGCUCGGCUCAGCUUUGGAGUGACAAUUACAGUGAUAAUGAUAAGAAGAAAACCUCUGAAGAGAAAGGUGAGAAACAACCCGGACUUGAUUUGGAACCAAGGAACAAGAACAGAGGAGCAUUUAUCCCAUUCAAUGGUGUGUUACCAGCAGAGAAGGAUGAGAAACCGGCCGGGCCUUUGCCAGACCUCUCCUUGCUCUCUUCGGCGGUCAAGAGCUCUAGGCCAGUUGCAAUGAUGCAGGAGGAUCAUCUUUAUGGCGGUUCUAAUGGCGGUGGGAGAGCUCCAACCAGCACCGGCCUAAGUUUGCAGGCACAGCAGCAGCCUGCCAGGAAGGCAAGGAGAUGCUGGUCACCGGAGCUUCACCGGAGGUUUGUCAUCUCACUGCAGCAGCUUGGUGGUGCACAAGUGGCUACUCCAAAGCAAAUCAGGGAAUUGAUGAAGGUCGAUGGACUUACAAAUGAUGAAGUGAAAAGUCAUUUGCAGAAAUAUCGGUUGCAUGCUCGGAGGGCACCUAACUCUUCUGUUCAAGCUAAUCAACAAGUUCUUGUGAUGGGAAGUCUAUGGCCUUCUCAAGAUCACUACACUGCCGUCUUGUCACAGCAGAGUGCUUCCCCAUCUGGGUCUCCUCAGAGCCCUCUGCAAUUGGCCGAUGUUUCACGAGCAAUCUCUGUUACUGCCGGAGAUAGCUAUGAGGAAGAGGAUGGCAAAUCAGAAAGUUAUGGUUGGAAAUGAAACUGAUUGAACUUGCGGCUAAUAAUAAGAUGCUUUUUAUUGAAACUAAUCGAUCGAGUUUUCGAGUGAUUGUGAAUUGUUGGAGUUUGAGAAUUUGAGAGUUUGCUGAGGGAGAGACUGACUGGUGGGUGGGUUAGUGUUGUAUAGUAAAAUCGGAAGUUUUGCUGAUAGAAAUGUUGUCCUUGAAUUGCAAUGUGAAUGGACUGAAAUAAAGUUUUAUACAACAUAAAGGCCAUGUUUGCUGAGGAGUGCAGUCAUGGAGUUCCUCAGAUGAAAUUUUGUGGAGAGGUUUUAUUUUUUCUUUUUCUUCCUUUUUUUUUUCCCUUGUCGCGUCUCCUUUGCUAUGUAUGUUUGCUGAAUAUGCAACUGUAAUUUCGACAGAAAUUUUUGCUGGUUUUCAAUAUGAACAAGAUCUUU